UAAAUUCUACCUUUUGCGCAGAGUGAUCGGGAAGAGUCAUCCAAAAGUUCUCAUCAGAUCAUCAACUACUAUCUCACUGUUCUCAAGACUUGGCUUCUCAUCAAGUUUGCAGAGCUUUACUCCCUGUCCCCACUCCACCCUCAUAAACCUACAACACUGGAAGAAGCACACUCCGUCGUUCUCAUUCCCUUCUCCGUGCAUCAGACUAAGAGCAGCCUCCUUCUUGUCAUAGAGAGGAAAAGAUGGGGGUGGCCACUGUCAGUGAGCUGAAGCAGCAAAGUGUUCCCGGGAAGCGAAUUUUUCGGUCCAGUUUGAGCACACGACAGGCCACCGAAUGGCCUCUCUCUGAUGUUUCCAGUGAUCUCACAGUUGAAGUUGGCACAUCAAGCUUUCCACUCCACAAGUUCCCUCUGGUUUCAAGGAGCGGAAAGAUCAGAAAGCUUGUGUCCGAGGCCAAAGAUUCGAAGGUGACACGCAUCAAUCUGCAAGGCACACCGGGUGGUGCAGAAGCCUUCGAGCUCGCCGCCAAGUUCUGCUACGGCGUCCACAUAGAGCUCGAUCUUUCCAACGCCGCCAUGCUGAGCUGCGCAGCGCAUUACUUGGAGAUGACGGAGGAAUUCGCAGAGAAGAACUUGGAGCUCCGAGCUGAGAUCUUCCUCAAGGAAGUGGUCUUCUCAAACAACCUGAACUCGAUCACCGUGCUCCAUCGUUGUGAAAGCCUCCUCCCGGUAGCAGAGGACAUCAACCUGAUCAGCAGAAUCAUCAUGGCGAUCGCAACCAACGCCUGCAAAGUGGAACACACGACAGGCCUCGCAACACCUGAGCAUGGCCUCAUUGAGGUGGAAGCAACAGCAGACUGGUGGGGGAAGGCUCUGGUGAUGCUGAACUUGGAUUUCUUCCAACGGGUUCUCACUGCCAUGAAAUCCAAAGGCCUGAAGCAGGAGACUGUAAGCAGGGUUUUGAUCUACUACGCCCAGAACUCGAUCCAAGGCCUCGCAGCUCGAGAUAUCCGGCCAUCAAAGUGCAGCUUGUCCGAUGCAGAGACUGUGAAGAAGCAAAAGAUCAAGGUAGAGACGAUCGUCAGCUUACUCCCCACGCAGUCGAGAAAGAGCCCGGUGCCACUGGCAUUCCUUUCAGGUCUCCUCAAGACCGCCACAAUGGUCUCGGCAUCCACGCUUUGUAGAGCAGACCUGGAAAGGAGAAUCGGAAUCCAGCUUGACCAAGCAAUUCUGGAAGACAUACUGAUUCCUGCAAGCACCCAUACCGGGAGUCACUCGCUGUAUGACACGGAUUCGAUCGCCAGGAUCUUUUCCGUCUUCCUGAACUCGGAUGAGGAGGAAGACGACGACGGAGCUCAUUUGAGAGAGGAUAGAGACAGCCGUUAUGUGUUCGAUAGCCCGCGAUCUCCAAAGCAGAGCUUGAUGGUUAAAGCUUCCAAGCUUUUGGAUAGCUACCUUGCAGAGAUCGCACUGGAUUCUAACCUGACGCCCUCCAAGUUCAUCGCUCUUGCUGAGCUACUCCCGGAUCAUGCUCGAGUCGUGAACGAUGGCCUGUACCGGGCUGUUGAUAUCUUCCUCAAGGUCCAUCCCAACAUCAAGGAUUCAGAACGCUACCGCCUCUGCAAGACCAUCGACUGCCAGAAGCUGUCUCAGGAAGCCUGCAGCCACGCAGCCCAGAACGAGAGGCUGCCCGUGCAGAUGGCGGUGCAGGUCCUCUACUUCGAGCAGAUCAGGCUCCGAAACGCCAUCAACGGAAACCAUGAUCAGCUCUUCUUCGGCUCAGCAAACGGUCAGUACUCUCAAAGAUCGGGCAGCGGGGUGGGGAGUGGCGCCAUCUCGCCCAGAGAUUGCUACGCAUCAGUGAGGAGAGAGAACAGGGAGCUCAAGCUGGAGGUCGCACGAAUGCGGAUACGGCUGACUGAUCUCGAGAAGGAUCACGUUUCCAUGAAGAAGGAGCUCGUUCGUCCAAAUCCUGCCAAUAAAUUGCUCAGAUCUUUUACGAAGAAGCUAAGCAAGCUCAGCUCCUUGUUCCGGAGGAGGGAUGCCAAGCCCUUGAGCUCCAAGACUGCUUCCGACUCUCGCCUCAUGUUUCAGAAGCGCCGGCGCCACUCCAUCUCGUGAAGCAUUGUCCUGUUUGGUGUGUGUAGCCUCACGUUUGCCAUGAUGUCGGAAAGUGUUUGAUGAUAA